CUGCCGGAAAUGCAAAGGGUUCAGAGGAAAUGGCCUAUUAGGGUAUUAGGGUCUUGCUAAUCAGGAAAGUCCAGGACUUCAAAUGUAUCUAGAAAUACCACGAAAAGUCACCAAAGGAGCCAGAAUGGUUAGGCGACGGAAGGCUCGUAGGAUCCUCGAGUAAUUAAAUUGCAGAGCAGAACUUAGACGCAUCAGCAUCCCGGUUACACCUGACCAAGGCCUUUUGCCCGUGCGCACAGAGACCCACCCAGGAUACCCAGAAGAAUCCUUGAUAUGGAGGAGAGAAAAUGAAGUGGCGUGAUUAGAACAGGAUGUAUGAAUUUUGUCAUAUUUUCACAUGUCAAGUAUAAACACUUAAUAGAACUCACUUGUAAUGGAGAAUGGUGCCAGAGUUUGUCUACUUCAGAUAUUCACAAAUGACUCAUCUUCCUGUCACAUUUUCUUAGACUACAAUGACUUAAUCUUUGGGUCACUGUUAAUGUAGUUUUCCUACCACAUCUUGGGAGGAGAAAACAGUGAUAUUCAAACUCAAGCCUGUUUCCAUCUCAUGCUGAUUGAAACCUGAGAGGGAAUCUGGAAAAGUUGUAAGCAGAACAUCAUUUCUCUAAGAAAAUUUUGGGUAACAGAAGUUCUGGAUAACAGGGCAAACCAAUUCAGUCACCAUGAGUUGGAGCUUCCUGACUCGCCUGCUGGAGGAGAUCCACAACCAUUCCACGUUUGUGGGGAAGAUCUGGCUCACUGUCUUGAUUGUCUUCCGGAUCGUCCUUACAGCUGUAGGGGGAGAGUCCAUCUAUUACGACGAGCAAAGCAAAUUUGUGUGCAACACAGAGCAGCCAGGCUGCGAAAAUGUCUGCUAUGAUGCCUUUGCACCCCUCUCCCAUGUGCGCUUCUGGGUGUUCCAGAUCAUCCUGGUGGCAGCCCCCUCGGUGAUGUACCUGGGCUACGCCAUUCAUAAGAUCGCCAAAAUGGAGCAUGGCGAAGCUGACAAGAAGGCAGCUCGGAGCAAACCCUACGCAAUGCGUUGGAAACAGCACCGGGCUCUGGAAGAAACAGAAGAGGACCAUGAAGAGGACCCCAUGAUGUAUCCAGAAAUGGAAUUAGAGAGUGAAAAAGAAAAUAAAGAGCAGAACCAACCUAAAGCCAAGCAUGAUGGCCGACAGCGGAUUCGGGAGGAUGGUCUCAUGAAAAUCUAUGUGCUGCAGUUGCUGGCAAGGACCAUGUUUGAGGUGGGUUUUCUGAUAGGGCAAUAUUUUCUGUAUGGCUUCCAAGUCCACCCGUCUUACGUGUGCAGCAGAAUUCCUUGCCCUCAUAAGAUAGACUGCUUCAUUUCUAGACCCACUGAAAAGACCAUCUUCCUUCUGAUAAUGUAUGGUGUUACAAGCCUUUGCCUAUUGCUUAACGUUUGGGAGAUGCUUCAUUUAGGGUUUGGGACAAUUCGAGACUCACUAAACAGUAAAAGGAGGGAACUGGAAGAUCCGGGUGUUUAUAAUUAUCCUUUCACUUGGAAUACACCAUCUGCUCCCCCUGGCUAUAACAUUGCCGUCAAACCAGAUCAGAUCCAGUACACCGAACUGUCCAAUGCUAAGAUCGCCUACAAGCAAAACAAGGCCAACAUCGCCCAGGAACAACAGUACGGCAGCCACGAGGAGCACCUCCCAGCUGACCUGGAGAGUCUGCAGCGGGAGAUCAGAAUGGCUCAGGAACGCUUGGAUCUAGCAAUCCAGGCCUAUAAUCACCAAAACAACCCCCAUGGUCCCCGGGGGAAAAAAGCCAAAGUGGGGUCCAAAGCUGGGUCCAACAAAAGCAGUGCGAGUAGCAAAUCAGGGAAUGGGAAGACCUCCGUCUGGAUUUAAUCUUAGCUGGGCUUAAAACUUGUACUUGUCGUAGUUUAUGGGAUGAUUUCAGAUAAGUAAGAAGCUGGAGGAAGAGGAAUCAGUUUUCAGUCUUGCAAAGAAAGUUGACUGUAGGAGGUUGAGAUCGUCUCUCCUUUACUUGAGAAAUCUUCAUAUCUCAUCCAUGUGCCCAGAUUUGUAUCUAGUCUUUGAAAACCUAUUUGUAUUUUCAAAGGAAAUAAGUGAGUCACUGCAGGAUUCCUUUAAAUAUCAAGUGUUGCCAGUGUGUACUUUGAUGAUGUGUAUAUAAUUUAAGUUCUUUGAAAAAGCAGAUACACGAAGGUGUCCCCAGUUCUGUAGCAGUGUGGAGACCCUGGCUAGAAUUGUUAAGAUUCCUCUAUCACGAAGCAAAGCCACGCCUGGAAAAUGAGCCCUAAUAGGAUGUUUAGUUGUGGACCUGUUUGGUUUGCCUUAUAUCUCUAUCCAGAAACCUGCCUCUCUCUAGUUGAAGAAGCCAAUGGAUAUUUUCUUUAUAUGUUAACAUUAGAAAUACAAAAAUUCCCUUGUAGGCUAAGAAUACUCAAAGCUACUUUGUACUACGUAUGGCAGGAGGCCUAAAUCCAAAUUCCUUAUUUUUUAUAAUUUAACCGUGGAACUUUUGUAAUUUACAUACUUCUGCCAAUGUAGGUUUCUGCCUGGAAGACCAGUCGCACCUGGGAUUCUAUCUGUAAAUAGACCUAAAGAGAAUUUCAGUAUUUAUUCCCUAUAAAUAUAUCGGUAGGCGUAUCUGUUUGUCAAUGACAAGCAUUACUAGUCACCUAACACUCAUGAUUUGCAGUAUCGUAUUGCCAUUUUUAACCUUGUAUUAUUGGGGGGCUUUCCUCUCCCAUCACGUUCACAUUGUGUUGUGGUUUAUGAGCUUCUGAAUAAGAGCUUGGUAAAGAGUUAAAGGAAGGGGCCUUUGCUUCGCCAGAGAGCAUUUCAUUGUGGGUGUCUCUUUUCUAACAGGAAGCUGUCACAAGCCACCUUUGAUUUUGAAAUUCCAAAAGCAUAAUUUUUUCGUGUCUUAAUCUUAAAAUGCCAGGUUCCAUUAUUUAGGAGCAUUCUAGAACAGCAAGUAUUGUGCAGUUCUUUUUUUCUUUUUUCUUUGUUGUUCUCCUUCGUAUUUCUUUCCCUCCCCCUACAAACAAAAGAAACUCAGUAGAAAAUUUAAGCUUAUCUUCUAGCCAUAUAUUUACCUUUAUUUUGCUAUUUUAAAAAUCUGUAGAUUUUGGCCUAGAGAACUUCCUCAGGAUCUCUAAAUAUCUUAAGCAAAAAAGUAAGUCUGGGUGAGACUGAGGGGAAAUUU